CAUUACUGGGUGCACAGCGGCACCUCACUGUGCUGCAGUCCCGGUAUGUUCGUGUUAAUGGUGUUGAAUCAAAUCUAAUUAGUUUUCUGUCUAUACAGCGGAGAUGGCGCUGCGUGCCUGUGGCUUCAUCAUAUUUCGGCGUGUAGCCACCUGUCUUCCUCCAUCAGAUAGCAUCGAAUACCUCCUCCUGCAGACUUCAUAUGGAGAACACCACUGGACACCACCCAAAGGUCAUGUGGACCCGGGUGAGGACGACCUCACCACAGCUCUGAGAGAGACCAAGGAAGAGGCCGGUCUGGGACCAGAGCAUCUGCAAGUCAUUGACAGUUUUUUGCAGAAGCUGGAGUACGAGGUGCGAGGCAGACCCAAGGAGGUGCUGUACUGGCUGGCUGAGCUCAGGGACCCGGGUACAUCGGUCACUCUGUCUGACGAGCACCAGGACUACCGCUGGGCCCGGCUGGAUGAAGCCUGUACUUUAGCCCAGUACAAGGACCUGCAGGAGACACUGAGAGCAGCACAGAGACACUUAGAGGCCCAGAAGGACAAACAGUGACGAGGCAGAAUAUGCGCAGAUGAGGUGAUUUAAGGAAUUAUAAUACUGUCUGCAGAAGACAGUGCCGAGAGUAUCUGUACAAUUGAAGUGACUGAUGAUUCUAACUCCUUGUGCUCUGUAUAAAAUUUAUCUCUACUGUAACACUCAAUCACCCACCCUCUGUCAACACAAAAAUAGAUAGUUAGAAAAUGAAUUACUGCAGGAGAACAGGAUUUUCAGUGUCUUUGUAUCCCAUAAGUCUUAUGUACAAGAUCGAUUUCUAAAUGUCAUGAAUAUAAAUGUAAAUAAAAUAAAACCCUGAGUGAAAACCAAGUAACA